CCAACUGGUUCACCGGUAGCUGCGAACUGUGCGGCUACUGUUAAAUUUAUACAGUGUUUAUCAAAAUCCAACCUCAUAAAUUCUGGUGGUGUUGCACCAAACUUACCUGGAUUAUAUUACGAAAUUGAAGGAUUUAUUUUGGUUGUGUGCAUUCUGCAUUACAAUGUCUUGAUUACUCGAAAUUCAACUAUUUUCAAGGAGAACAUUUUCACAUUCUUCUAUAUUUUUUUAUACGAAGUGAAGCUUACAAGACAUCAGUGAUGGUCGUUCUUUGGUGAUUCAGUUCGUGAACAUAUUAGUGCUUAGUGCGUUAGAACUGGAUUAUCUAGAAAUUAAUUGGUGUGCAAAGUGUGUACAUAAACUUUUUUCACAAUGAAGUGCCAGAUACAACUAGUCCAAAUAGCUAUUUUAGUGACUUUAGGAUAUUUCUUACAUUCUGUCUCUGGACAAGCAUGUUUGUUCUAUCCUUUGGGAGAGAAUAGGAGGUUUGAAAGAGUAGAAGAAAAUAUUGCCGUUGGCAGUGAAGUCUUCAGGGUUCAAGUCUAUCCUAGGCAUGAGUUCAAACUUGAGCCAGUCGACAACAGUCUGAGCGACAUCAAUUUCUUCAGGGUGGAAGGAAUCGACAACACAACCGUUUCUAUUAAAGUCGCCAAAUCCCUGGAAGAUCUUGUUGACAGACGAGAUCCACAAACUGUGCUCAAGUUUAAACUCACAUGUAAAGGAGGAAUUGGAACGGAUGAGGCAUUCCUGCCAGUCACAGUGUAUAUUCAAGAUAUCAACGAUCAUGCACCCGAAUUCCAAAACACGCCUUAUUACUUGGAAGUUGAUGAGCUUACACCUGUGGGCCUUACUGUAUUCCGUGGUCUUCACGCAAUAGAUAAAGAUAAGCCUAACACGCCUAACUCUGAUGUAACCUAUUCUAUUGUGGGUGGGAAUGAAAACAAUUCCUUUGCUUUGUCCGAUCCUAUUGAAGGAAUCCUUGUAGUCAACAAACCUCUAGAUUAUGACUAUGGAUCAAGGGAGUUCAAGCUUCUCAUACAGGCAUCUGAUCAUGGCAGCCCGGAAAGCAAAAGUUCGGUGACUACAAUGACCAUUCGACUAAAAGAUUCAGAUGACCAAAAUCCUGUAUUUACGAAAGAGGUGUACAAAACCCAUGUUUUAGAAGCUGCUGCCAUUACUGGUGCAAGAAUUAGAGUGAAGCUUUCUCUGGAUCCACCCAUUCAUGCUUAUGAUCAAGACGUUGGUGUUAACGCUCCAUUACGGUACUCCAUCAUUCAAGGUAAUGAAAAGGGUCUUUUCGAAAUGCAUGACCAAAUGGCUGACCUAUAUCUCGUCAAAGAAAUUGACAGAGAAGCUUUGAAAAGUCCAAUUUUAACUCUUCACAUUCAAGCAACACAAACAGACAACAGUUUGAGAACCGCAACAGCCAAAGUAGACGUCCAGGUUCUUGAUGUGAAUGACAAUGUUCCAGAAUUCGAAUAUGAAUUGUAUAACAUCACUGUUAUGGAAAAUCUGCCCCCUGGCUUUACUGUCGUCCAAGUCUCAGCCUUCGAUGAAGAUUCCGGAGAUAAUGCGGAAUUCCGGUACGAAUUAGAAGACGAAUCUGGAGCAUUCUCCAUCGACCCGACGGGUGGUUCCAUCAGCGUCAAAGAUCCCAGCAAGCUGGACAGAGAAACAAAGGACGUCAUACGCAUGAGAGUGUUUGCUAAAGAAAAGAAACCCAAUGUCAAUCCCAACGCCAAGCCCACACCAGCUGUUGUUGAAGUUCAUCUCCUCGAUGCUAAUGAUAACAAUCCACAGUUCAUACCAAGCAGUGUCUAUGUGUUUAGUGCUACUGAAGUGGAUGAACCCGGUUCUGUAGUCGGACAAGUAAUCGCUCUGGAUCCUGACUUGGAUGUUAACGGCGUCGUUCGAUAUCGCAGACAGAAUGACAGUUUAAGCCAGACUGUUCCUUUUGAUGUCCAUCCUGAAAACGGAUCCAUCUACAUUUUGGAAUCGUUCAGAGCUAUUCGGGAAAAACCUGCACGCUACACUUUCUUCGUUCAGGCUUCAGAUCUUGCCAGAAUUGAAUCGGAGCGCAGAUCCUCUGUAGCUGUUGUCAAUGUGAACAUCAAGGAUAUAAACAAUAACGCCCCAGAAUUUAUCGGUGCACCGUAUGAAGCAUUUAUUGGAGAAUCGUUACCUCCUGGUGCACUUGUUUAUCAGUUGCAGGCCAAAGAUCCUGAUGCGGAUACUGUUCUUGAAUUCUCGAUUGUGGCUGGAAAUGACGAAGGAAAUUUCAUCGUGAAUCCAUCAACGGGCCAGGUACUUACCGCUGCUGUUAUGGACUACGAAAAGAAGCAAAGUUAUGAUUUACUGGUACAAGUGUCAGAUGGUAUUAACACUGCUGUAUCUCCCAUGACGGUGAACGUAGUCGAUAUCAACGAUCAGCAACCUGUUUUCACCCACAGCUAUUACAAUUUCUCAAUUGUCGAAGAAAUGCAAGAAAAUGUAACUGUGGGAUCCAUUUUGGCUCUUGAUGGCGAUUCCGGUCGAAAUGCCAUUGUCCGCUACAAAAUCCUUGGCGAGCAAGCCCAAGAGGCUUUCGAAAUCGACGAAGCUGGCAACAUUUUGAGUAGAAGAAGGCUCGAUCGUGAAAAAGAAGCUAUGAUUGAUUUCCUCGUCGUUGCUUUUGAUGCCGGUACACCUCAACUCAGUGGUACAGCAACGGUUGGAGUUCGAGUCGAAGAUAUUAACGAUAGUCCACCAUAUUUCGAUUCUGAUACUUAUGUUGUCAGUGUUCCGGAAGAAGAAACUCCACCAUACACAGUUCACAAGAUGCAUGCCAAAGAUGACGAUACGGGUGAAAAUGCUGUCCUCAAGUACCUAAUCGUUGGUGGAAACGAAGAUAAGAUGUUUCAAAUUGAUGAAGAUACUGGCGUGGUGACGACUGCAGAUAAGCUCAACUAUGAAAGGCAAUCAGAAUAUGUUUUGCAUGUCGCCGCAAGGAACGUUAAGCCCUUCCAAGGACCGCAAGCAUCAGCGUUGGCUAACCCAUUUGUCAAACUAGUCAUUAAAGUCAUGGAUGUCAACGACGAGUUAGUGGUCUUUGAUCGCCAGUCCUACCAAUUUAGAAUCCCCGAAAAUUUGCCUCGAAGUGAGCGAAUCGGUUUCCUGAACGCUACGAAUCUCCAUAGAACACCAAAAGACCAGUCCAUCAUCUACUGGAUUGGCGACGGAAACUCACAGGAAAGAUUCUGGAUCAACCCUCGAUCCGGAGAGCUCGUGUUGACAGAAACUGUUGAUCGUGAUCCACCAAACAAUCAACAAGUGUUCCAACUCAGGAUUUUUGCAAGGGAUCAACUCUCCAGCAACACUUUCAAUACCAGCGUCCCUGUUGUCAUAGUUAUUGACGACGUGAACGACAACACGCCAACAUUUGAUGAAGAACGAUAUGCUUUGGAAUUGCCUGAAAACUUACCACUUGGUACUACUCUUCCACCAUUUUUCCGAGCCAAGGACAUUGAUGCAGGACCUAAUGGAAAAAUCGAACGUUACUACACAAACGGAUCUGACGAUGUGUUCCUUGUGAACAAUGCUACAGGCGCCAUUACCUUGGUAUCUAAUUUGGACUAUGAAGCUAAUGAUCAGCACGAGUUCACGGUCUUCGCCGUGGAUGGAGGCCGUCCAGCCAGAAUAGGUUCAGCGAAUGUGGUAAUUAAGGUUCAGAACAUCAACGAGUUCGCCCCUGACUUUGUUGGCCUUCCAUACGAUUUCCGAGCAGAGGAAAAUGCAGCCCGAGGAACAAAAAUUGGUCACGUGAAAGCCUAUGAUGGAGAUGGCGAUAAAAUCAAAUACAGUCUAUCUGGGGGAGAUACUGGCUUUUUCAUGAUCGACGAGGACACCGGUGUGGUUUACGUGAAGAAGGACUUGGAUGCUCGGACGAGGUUCUCUUUUAUUGCUAGAGCCACAGAUGAUGGAGUGCCACAGAAUAAUAGCAUCGGUGUCCAAGUGAAUGUUUGGGUUAGAGAAAGGAACGACCAUCCUCCUGUAUUUACCAAACUGUCGUACCAUGGGACAGUGACUGAGAAGCAAGUGACAGAAAAGCCUGUUGUUAAGGUCACAGCCAUUGAUCGCGAUCUUCAAAAUAACACAGUGACCUACAGCAUAAAGAGCGGAAACGAGCAAGGUAUUUUUGAGCUCGACCCCUCAUCCGGUGAAAUCUUUGUAAAACCUUCUGAAGCCCAAAGAGUAGACUAUGACCAAACAAAAUCCUACAGCCUACUCAUCGAAGCCAUAGAUUCUCAUACUACAUCACUCUACGGAUUGGCUAUGGUCACCAUCGAUGUUAUUGAUACCAAUGAUCAUCCACCAGUGUUCUCCCAAAUGUCAUAUUCAGCCUCUCUUGCAGAAAACCUACCUGCCGGUCACUGUUUCCUACAGAUCCAUGCUAAAAGUGGAGAUUCUGUGGACACUUUGUCAUAUGCUGUUGACCGUAAUACUAUUCCAUUCACUGUCAACCCCAAAACUGGAGAUGUGUGCACAAAACAAGUAUUGGAUAGGGAAGAGAAAGACACUUACGAAUUUGUCGUUAUCGCAUUGGAUGGAAGGUACGAGACGAAAUCUCCUGUUGUCAUUCGAAUCUUGGAUCAAAAUGACAAUCCACCAAAAUUUGAACGUGAACGAUAUUACGUCAGCAUUCCUCCACAUUCGCAAGCUGGGCGCACAAUCAUACAGGUCUUGGCUACAGAUCCUGACACUGGCAGCAACGGCGAAGUGACUUACUGGAUCAAAAAUUCUCAUGGACACUUCGAAAUUGAUUCUCAAACUGGUCAUAUUCGAUUGUCUUCUGUUCUCCCCACUCCAAUGCAGAAGAACAUGACAUACGAAAUGGAAAUUUUCGCUAGAGAUCACGGCACAGCAUCGAACAUUGGGAAAGCCACCCUUGUCGUGAGAGUGUCCAGCACCAGAAAUCACCCUCCUAAAUUCGAGAAGUUUGGUUAUAGAGUUGCUGUAGAUGAAAAUGCCGCAAAUGUAGAUUUGUUAACAGUACAUGCUUAUGAUCCAGACAGUGGGCCAGCUGGAAGACUGAGAUACAGAAUCGUACGAUCGACUAGAAGAGAAGCUUUCAGAAUUGACGGAACUAGUGGAAGAAUUACUCUUGUGACACCUUUGGACUAUGAGAAGACCAAAUACCUGGAGCUACUAAUCGAAGCUCGAGAUGAAUCUAAAGAACCCCAGUUUGCAACUACUGUUGUGCAGGUCUCCAUUAAUGAUUUGAAUGACAACGCUCCCGAAUUCUUGGCGCUACCUCAUCUUCUCAGAGUCCCACUGUCCACUUCCCUGUCCGAAGUUGUGUACACAGUGAAGGCCAUCGAUGCCGACAGUACAGCUGGCGGAAAUAAUCUCAUUACUUACGAACUCCAACCACCCAGCAGCCAAUUUUCCAUCAACAAGAAAACUGGACAGAUAACUCCCAGCACACCCCUCAGCCCAAGUACGGAAACUUUGAGGAUCAAGGCAACGGAUGGAGCCAAUAUUCCUUUGUCCAGCACUGUGGAUCUUUUGGUCGAAGUUUACAAAGAUACCAUUGAUGACCCAACGCCUGUCUUUACAUCUGUUCAGUACUCGGUGAAUGCUGACGGUGUUCUAGAAGCCGGUACUACUGUCCUGGACGUACGCGCAACAGUUCCUAACGGUAGUCCUGUUUAUUAUAACAUCACCGGCCCUGAGGAUACUCUCAUUCGAGGAUUCAACAUUGACAGGGAAACAGGUCGCAUCACCACUACGACUCGACUAUCUGCGGAACAAGAAACUUUGUAUCAUUUCCUUGUGGCAGCCUCUAACAGAAAUGACGCAUCCAAAGGAGUCGAAGCUGGGGUUGUCGUACAGCUCAGUGAUGCCAGCAUCCGUUGUCCAAAGUUCCCAUUUUCUGAAUAUUUCACUGCUAUACGUGAAAAUGCACCUCCAGAUUCAGUUGUGCUUCCCUACCUGCAAGUCGAAGAUGCUCACAUAUUUGAUAGAUUAUCUUACCAAAUUACGGAGGACAACUCGAACGACAAUUUCUUCAUUGAUACUCUCGCAUUUAAUGUUUCUGCCAAAAUCAAGAAACCCUUGGAUCGAGAUACCAUGCCUAUGACUCUCCAAGGAAUGUACACAUUAACUGUGACAGCCAGCAACCAGAGAUGUUCUGGAAACACCAGAUUGAAUAUUUUCGUUGAAGACGUCAAUGACAACAGUCCAGUGUUUGAAAAGAAAGAUUUCCUGGUUGAAGUGAAAGAAAAUGCUCCUCCUGGUCAUGUUGUUGUGCAUUUGACUGCUAUGGACAAAGAUGAACUGGAUAUGAACAAAUUGAGAUAUUUUAUCAUUGAUGGCAACAGCGAACAACAAUUCCAAAUCGAAGAAAGCACAGGAGUGUUAUCUGUGCGGUCAUCUCCAGACAGGGAAGAAACGCCUGUUUUCUCUCUAAGAGUUCUUGCUUUAGAUUCUGCCAAUAACACAGGUUUUGCCAACAUUCAUGUUACGAUAUUGGAUGAAAACGACUGGACUCCUACUUUUAUGAAUGAAACCUUCCUACUGAAUGUGACUGAAGGUUCUAGCAGUUUAGGAGCCAGUAUUCGUUUACCAGUUGUUGACUAUGAUGAAGGACCCAAUCGACAGAUGGAGCUCCUAAUCUUGGAAGGAAAUAUUGACAACCAUUUCCGAUUAUCCGUUGACGACAGAGGACCUCUGUUAACAGUAGUUAAAGAAUUAGAUCGCGAAGAAUAUGGUGUACCUGAUUCAGCUUUGCAUGUAGUCGUUGUUGGAGCCAAAGACAUGGGUGUACCACCUCGUACUGGAACUGCAACGGUUGCUGUUGUAAUCCAAGACAUAAAUGACAGUCCUCCUGAAUUCGCCAAGGAUGUUUACUACGAAUUUGUGUCUGAGAGUGAACCAGUGGGCAGUGUAGUGACCACACUGACUGCAAAGGAUGAAGAUGCAGAGUACAAUACCAACAUGAAAUAUGCUUUUGGCUCUCGCACUAGAAACGUCCCCUUUUUCAUUGACCCUUUUACUGGAGCCGUCAAUAUCUCAAGAACAUUGGACGUUUCUGAAAAUCGAGAAUACAGUAUUAUUGUAGAGGCUUCUGAUGGAUUAUGGAAAGCUGCGACUACUUUGAAGCUGUUUAUAAGGGAGGCAGCUGAAAGAGAUCCUCUUUUCGAUCAGCAACACUUCCGUUUUGCAGUGGCCGAGAACAUAGCAGGCGCAUAUGUUGGGCAGGUGGAACUUAAGGAACGUAUGUACCGAAGCAACAGCAUGAUGCAGUACAACAUUGUUAAUAAUGACGUCAAAGAACUCUUCAACAUUACAAAAGAAGGCAAGAUAUUCACAAAAGUGGGACUCGAUCGUGAAAAGAGAAGUCAGCAUACCUUCACUGUUAUGCUUGAGGAACGCAAACCUUCGACUAAAGUGACUGUCUGUGAAGUAACUGUGGAAGUAAUGGACGUAAAUGAUGAAAUCCCGACAUUCCAACACACUUACUCGGGAACCAUAAACGAAAAUGCCCCCUCUGGCACUCCAGUCACUGUGGAGCCUCCAAUCUCGGCAAUCGAUAAUGACAGCGGCAACAAUUCCGUUGUGAGAUAUUCCUUGAGUGGAGCUGGCAGUGAAUUGUUCAAGAUCCUCGAAAGUGGACAGGUCAUCUUCAACUCGCCAGAUCCCAUCCUCACCCUAGACAGAGAACGCAAAGAAAGAUAUGAUUUACAGGUGACAGCAACAGACAUGGGCAACCUCAGUUCUUCCACUUACCUGACCAUCAACAUAGCCGACGAGAAUGACAACGCACCUGUCUUCCAGCACGGACCUUUGAGAGUGAUGCUUCCAGAAACGGCCAGACCUGGAUCGAAAAUUGCUGAAGUGAACGCAUUGGAUGCCGAUGCCAAGGGACCCAAUUCCAAAGUGGAGUAUAUUAUAACUGCUGGUGAUAAAGGAGAUGUAAGAAUUGAUAGAGCAACAGGCGAAAUAUACGUCGUGUCCACUCUGAGACCUGGCACUGUGUAUCUUCUGAAUGUGUCUGCUGCCGAUGGCAAAGGCCUUGCUGCCUCAACAGUAGUCAACAUCACUGUCGUGGACGUCAAUGACCAUAAGCCUACCUUUUCAAGGUAUGAGUACACUUUCAAGGUGAAAGAAGGUAACUACAGUCACAGCAAGAAGUCACUCGGUGUGCUCAAGGCCGUAGACGAAGACACUGGCAACAACGGAAUGAUCGAAUAUUCUUUGGUGACGACAACAUUCGAACAAAAAUUCCCAUUCACGGUGGACAGCAAGACAGGAGAGUUAUUCGCACAAGGCAUAAUUGACCGAGAAUCCAAGAGCUCUUAUAAAUAUCAAGUUCUUGCAACUGAUUUUGGCGAACCUCAGCUUAAUUCAACAGCCGAUGUCAUCGUUGAAGUUAUUGAUGUAAAUGAUGAGCCACCUCGAUUUUACACAGAUCCAUAUUUGGCUCAUGUGCAAGAAAAUCUGGAUCCUGGACAAAAGGUAACGCAAAUUACAGCCUACGAUUCUGAUUCCGGUAACAAUGGAUUAGUGUUCUAUAAAUUGGGUGUUGGACACAAUAACAAGUUUUACAUUGACAGCAAAGAUGGAACAGUAUGGACUUUAUCUACACUUGAUUAUGAAAAGCAAGCCUUUUAUAACAUGACUGUGAUAGCUUAUGAUCAAGGUACACCUAGUCUGAGCUCCACCGCCAAGUUGUGGGUUACUGUGGCCGAUACAAAUGACGCUGUUCCUGAAUUUUCAAAGGCAGUUUACACCUUGGAAGUUGCAGAAAGUCGCCAACCUGGCGAUACUGUUUUCAAACUGGACGCCGGUAAAGGCGACUUCAAAUAUGCUUUGCUGAAUACUGAUGAAAUCGAUGCCUUCGAUGUCGAUGCCAGCACAGGUGAUAUUCGUCUUGUAAAAGCCCUGGACAGCGUCCAACAGAGUCAUUACAGAUUGCUUGUAGAAGCCUCUGUUGACAGUGAUCCACCGAAAUCAGAUACAGCAGAAGUGAAUAUUAUUGUAGGUACCGGACACGGAGUCAGAUUGUUCCCUAGUCGCUUGUAUGAAGUCACUGUUUUCGAAAAUCGAUUGGCUCCACUUGUUGUGCUUGAUUUGAAUGCUACUGAUGAAAUUGCCCAUAAACCCGUCCUUUAUAGCAUUGUUGGACAUGAUUACAAUGGUCUCUUUGUGAUGGAAGCCGACACCGGACGUCUAACUGUGACUGCCAGCCUGGAUAGGGAAAAAAGAGAUAGAUAUUCCCUAAAAGUUCGAGCCGAGAACGUGGGGCGUCAUAGAUUCGGCAGGGAGAUAAGUAGAUCCGGUCCAAUCCGAUCUACAGACAGUUACCAUCUGGCCUUUGACGAAGCACUUGUCGUGAUUGAAGUAGGAGAUGAAAACGAUAAUGCCCCUGUCUUCGAGGUACAAGGUCGACCGAUAGUGGCGGCCGUUCCCUUGGAAGCUUCCUUUGGAUAUCAAGUUUUAAGAAUAACGGCAAAAGAUGCUGAUAUGGGCUACAACAGUGCUAUCCGCUAUGAAAUUAUCCGUAAACCGGAAGAUGCAUCCACCAAAUUCCACAUCGAUCCUGUGUCCGGCGUGGUCCGAUCCAUGGUCACAUUUGCUUUGGACGGUGGUCGAAUAUAUGGUUUUGAUGUUAAAGCUACUGAUAGGGAAGGCAGUGAGAAUGGACACUCGGCUGUUGCGAAUGUUUUUGUCUACGUUUUACCAGAAACAAAACUGGUUCUUUUUGUUGCUGGACGAACACCCUUGGCCAUUGAACAGCACGUGGACAAGAUAUUAAGUUACUUGAGUAACUUAACUGGAUAUGAUGUGAAAAUGGCUAAAUUAGAACCUCAUCAUGAUGGCGAAUAUGAAGACAGAGAAAGUACUGACUUAUUCUUGUACGCUGUGCACCGAGAUACCAAUGAUAUUGUGGAUACAGAAACACUUUUGAAUGCUUUGGAACAGAGAUCAGAAUUGAUCGUUUCCAAUCUGGACAGUUUCAACAUUCAAAGAAUCCAAGGCGUAUCCGUGCAGGAAAAGAUCAGCCAGAUGGGAACGACAGAAAUCGCCAUCAUAGCUCUGAGCAGUGUCAUAUUUUUAGGAGCAGUUUUAGGAAUCGCUUUACUGUGCUCAUCCUGCAAGAAAAGGAAAGUCCGACGAAGGCACACUUCAUGGGAACAACAGAGGCUUUACAACAUCAAAAAUCCUCUGAUGGGAAAAAGCAUCGGAAAUCCAUAUGGCAGCCGCAGCACGCCGAACGGCACAGUGGACAACAUAAAAGCAGCUUAUGCCAAUGGAGAUCUUUCUGUACCUGACUAUAACGACAGUCUUGGCGACAAUCAGUCUAUGAAAAGGAAUAAUCGAAGAUCACGACAGCAGGUUCCUCCAGAUGGCGCCUCGUCUCUCAACCCUUCCAAUGCCAGUCCAAAAUUCGAAAAGUACAAUAAAAACGACAGUCAGUGGUAUGAUAUGAGGGACGGAGCGGACUCCAUGUAGAGCUUCUGGUUUCUCCGGUGCAUCACGAUUUACCAGCUGGUCUUCUCGACGAAAUAAUAAUCCUGUAACUGAAUUGUAACGAGUCUGGAUCUGGAAACAACGAUCCAGAUAUUGAACUCUAAACAAUUAUGGUUCACAAGUGCUAAUGAACUUUGUCAAGACUUGAUCCAAAUUGAGGGCCUAAAAGUCGAUACUGUGAUCUGAACAAGGAACUUACUGAACACUGGCAUUUGUGUUCAAAAUGUGCCGUAGCUUGUGAAUAGACUUUGAUUCCAAAGACGUACGGCGCCAUGCUCAACAACCUUGAUUCAUCACAAUAAGCUCUUAGUCAAAACAUGUAGAUGUGUCAAUAGUUCAAUAUAAAUAUUUGGACACUGAAUUGAAACUUUUGAGAUGUCUACAACAGAGAAACUUAUACCUCUUAAACGUGAGUUCAGCAUAGUUUGAAGCCAACUAACCCCAAAUCACGAAUGCUUUAUCAACACUGCUCACUAAUAUGGAGAAUAAGAGAGGAUUUGUUAUAUCCAUUUUAUGAAAACCGAAGUAGUUUUUAUAUGCAUAAGAAAGAGAAUUUUAUCACGCUCAUUUUUAAUGGGAAUUAUCAGCUUGAAUUUGUGUGUCAUUGUUUGCGCACGUUUUUUUUUUUUUUUUUUUUUUAAGGCAGAUGAUACUUAACAUUCCAUUUUUCUGAUUGGUGUCUUUAACGUUUGUUUGUAUCUAUCAGUUUCUAUUGUGUUUUUCUUUUGUUUGUACUGGAUACUUAAGAAAUUGAGGUAGCUUAUUUAUAACAAAUCCGAUUUUGUUUAAGUAAUAUUUUGUUACAAAAUUAAAAAUCAUUUUUAAUCAUUCCGAUACUAUCUUUUAUCUACUUUUCUACUUAAUUUUUUAUUUGAUUUAUCAUUUUAAAAGCAUUUUACUACAACUUUUUUGUAAACUUAUUUUUAAAGAAAUAAGAAAAUGAAAAAAUCAUUACAGUUUUAUUUAAUAACGAUUUUUUUUUACAUUUUCAUUGUUUUUACUUAUUUAUUUAAGUGUACUUAGUGGCCAAUACUUAAUGUUUUUAUGUCUUUUUUUACUUUUUUACUUUUUUUUCGUACUUAAGAGAAUGGAUUAUUUAUUAGAGACGUUUUAGCCCUUUUUAAAACUAUGCGUACAUCUAACAAACCAGAAUAACAUAGCCUAAAUAUUUCCCUAGAAGAAAAGAGGAAAUUCUUAAGCUUAAAUAAAUAAAGUCAUAUUUGUUUUAUACAGGUUUAUUACUGUAAGUAUAAAUGUGCAAGAAGAAUGGAAACGCUGUGUACAAUAUAUAUUUAAAUACUCUGUUAUGAAUAUGACUUUGUCAAUGAAAGAUUCUUGUAAAUAUAGACUAAUGAAAAUAAAGGAUUUAUUGAAAUA